GUUCGCUGAUUUUUUUCAUUUCGGAUGAAAGUAAUUAUUUGAAAAGAGGUGUUCGGAUACUAAUUUUGUUGUUUCGAAGUUUGCUGGACGACUGUGGAUGCUGUGGUACUAGGGCUGAUGAGCUAGCCAGGAUGCCGCGUCGCUCCCCCUCCCCAGCCAGGAAGCCCAGUUCAAAAUCCUCGGCGUCCAAAUGGGAUUCCAAAUCGAAGUCGGCGUCGUCCAGCGCCAAAUCCUCAUCAAAGUCCGCGCCUGCAAAGUCCUCAUCCACUAGCAGAGGCAGCACGGGCCGUGGCCGUGGAAGGUCACCAGUAAGAAGCAGCAAGGGUUCCAGACGCUCCAGGUCUAUGAGCUCAAGCAGUGGCACUGACAGUGGCAGCAGCAGUUACACCAGCUCAUCGGGCUCCGGCUCCAGCUACACGGGCAGCAGCUCCAGCAGCUCGCGCAGCCGCAGUCCACCGCCCAGCAAGAAGCCCGCGUCGAGCACGGGCAAGUCCAGCACGGGCAAGUCCAGCACUGCCUCGGCGUCGGCCAAGCGUUCACGCUCACCAGUAGCGUCCAAGCGCUCAUCACCACCAUCGGCGACACGCAAACGCUCACCUCCAGCCCCGUCCAAACGUCCCGCCGCGUCCAGCGGAUCCGCGCGUGGUCGCCGCUCUCCCAGUGCUUCCAGUGGCAGUAGCAGCAGCGGCAGCAGUAGUGGCAGUGGUAGUUACAGCAGUAGUGACAGCAGCAGCAGCAGGUCACCUCCGCCGCGGCGAGGCCGAGCGCAGCGCUCGCCCAAGGGUCCCUCACCCAAGCGUGGUGGUGCUGGAUCACCACCGCGCAGCUCACGCGGCAAAGCCAGCUCGCCGGCUGCCCGUCGACAGGCUUCACCGCGCAAGCCGUCGCCACCACGGCGGGGCGCCACCUCUCCCCGUCGCAAUGCGGCCACGGCUAGAAGACCGUCGCCAAGACGACGCUCUCCACUAUCACGCCGACGGAGUCCAUCGCCAAGGAGACGCAGCCCGUCACCGAGACGACGCAGCCCUGCUCGCCGACGGAGCCCGUCGCCUAGUCGCCGUAGCCCUCCUCGCAGACGACGAUCACCACUGUCGCCUAGGAGACGUUCACCAAGGAGAUCACCAUCUCCAAGGAGACGCCGGAGUCCGUCACCAAAGAGGAGACGGCGCAGCCCUACCCCACCCAAGGCCACUAAGGUGCACGUUGGCAAGCUGACAAGGAACGUGACUCGCGAGCACCUUCGCGAGAUCUUCUCGCAAUACGGCCACGUCAAGACGGUCGACCUACCCAUGGAUCGCGGCACCGAGCUGCCGCGCGGCUUCGGCUACGUGGACUUUGAGAAGGAGGAGCAGGCCAGCCUGUGCAUCCGUCACAUGAAUGCCGGCCAGAUCGACGGACAGCAGAUCACCGCGGUGCUGGUGCACGCGCCUAGCGCCGCCAGCGGAGCGUCGGCACGCUCAGCCCCGGCCGGCGGUGGCGGUCGUGUUUACGUUGCACCUCGCCGCCGCAGCCCGUCUCCUCGCCGACGAUCGCCGCCACGGCGACGGGGUGCCGGCGCUUCACCCGCUCGACGUCCGGCCGGUGGAUCACGGCGACGAUCCUCGACGAGUGCAUCUUCCGGCUCAUCCUCCUCAUCGGGAUCCUCAUCAUCCGACGAGCGAUGAGCCACUGUUACGUGCCCGUUGACAAAACGAAGAUCCCAGAUCCCAGUACACUCAUUGGCUGCGUUUGGGGCGGCAACGUAGCUUGCUUUCCUCUCACUAGCCCCGGGGGUGCUGCGCAGAGCAAACGUCGUCUCAGUAUGCCAGCUGCACGCUCUCGCUUGAGGUUUGUUGUGCUUACCUGGCGGUUAUCUAGCGCUCGGUGUAUGCUGCAAAUCUCUCUCUCUCUCUCUCUCUCUCUCUCUCUCUCUCUCUCUCUCUCUCUCUCCUCUUUCUCCUCAUGCUCCUGCUCUCCUGUGUAUGUCAGCUAAUAUUGUGUUUGCCAUAAUUCCCUGGCCAGGCUUGCUUGCGAUGUACGUAGCGGUUUUGCCUGGCGUAACUAACAGCAUUUUUUUCAGUUUUUGUGUAGUUUCUCUCCGCCCUGCCCCAAACUACGUGCUCUGUUCCAAGUGCUUAGGAGUUGUAAAUGUUUGAUUGAAAAAUCGUGCUUGUGUGUUUGUCAAAGAAUUGAAUUUUUCCCUUUGGUCAA